AUGCAGGGCCCUGGUGAUACACCCUUUGAGGGUGGCGUCUAUUGGGGCGAGCUGGAUUUCCCCAAGGACUACCCCUACAGCCCGCCGCUGGUGCGCUUUCGGACACCCAACGGACGGUUCCAGGUAUGGCCCCCCAGUUGCCACUUGAAAUAG